AUGCGCAAUCCUACGCGACCCCCCGCUCGUCGCACACGGCCUAUUCCCUCCCGUCGCACACUACCUCACCCAUCUCCGCCUCACCCAUCUCCGCCUCAACCAUCUCCGCCUCACCCAUCUCCGCCUCACCCAUCUCCGCCUCACCCAUCUCCGCCUCACCCAUCUCCGCCUCACCCAUCUCCGCCUCACCCAUCUCCGCCUCACCCAUCUCCGCCUCACCCAUCUCCGCCUCACCCAUCUCCGCCUCACAUCUCCGCCUCACCCAUCUCCGCCUCACCCAUCUCCGCCUCACCCAUCUCCGCCUCACCCAUCUCCGCCUCACCCAUCUCCGCCUCACCCAUCUCCGCCUCACCCAUCUCCGCCUCACCCAUCUCCGCCUCACCCAUCUCCGCCUCACCCAUCUCCGCCUCACCCAUCUCCGCCUCACCCAUCUCCGCCUCACCCAUCUCCGCCUCACCCAUCUCCGCCUCACCCAUCUCCGCCCACUCCCUCACCCAUCUCCGCCUCAACCCAUCUCCGCCUCACCCAUCUCCGCCUCUCCCAUCUCCGCUUCGCCCCAGCUCCGUCCGCACGCACUUUCUCUCGUCGCGCGCGACAACUCUCCUUCCGCCGCCCACGCUCUCUUCCUCCUGCCGAAUUCCGCCUCACCCCAUUCCGCCCCACCCCAUUCACCCCCACCCCGUUCCGCCCCACCCCGUUCCGCCCCACCCCGUUCCGCCCCACCCCGUUCCGCCCCACCCCGUUCCGCCCCACCCCAUUUUACCUCCCCACCCCAUCUCCGCACGUCCGCCCUUUUCGUAUUCUCACCCCAACUCCUCUCCUCCCCAUCCAGCGCAUGCAGCGUAUGACAAGGCAGAGGAGCAUUUCCAAUGUGCAGCGCCAUCCCUCACCUCCCCAUCCCUGCGUGCUGCUGUAAACGAUGCGGAAACCCGCACUGACGGGGUUGACGCGGGGCAGAGGCGUGGGGCAUUGCUACCUGCCGCAACACCGCUGUCACGGGCUCAGCGUCGAGCUGAGUCGGAGGCGCCGCGACGUCUCCUCCUCACCCCAUCUCCUCCUCACCCCAUCUCCUCCUCACCCCAUCUCCUCCUCACCCCAUCUCCUCCUCACCCCAUCUCCUCCUCACCCCAUCUACUCCUCACCCCAUCUCCUCCUCACCCCAUUUCCUCCUCACCCCAUCUCCUCCUCACCCCGUCUCCUCCUCACCCCAUUUCCUCCUCACCCCAUUUCCUCCUCACACCAUUUCCUCCUCACCUCAUCUCCCCAUCCUCAUCUCCCCAUCCCUCAUCUCCCCAUCCCUCAUCUCCCCUUCCCUCAUCUCCCCUUCCCUCAUCUCCCAUUCCCUCAUCUCCCCAUCCUUCAUCUCCACAUCCCUCAUCUCCCCAUUCCGCCCCACCCCAUUCCGCCCCACCCCUUUUCGCCAUGCCAUCUAACUUCCCAUCCCCAUUUCGUCGUUUCCCCAUCCCUCCUUUCCCUCUCCCAUCAUUCCCUCUGCCGACUUUCACCAUUCCACCAUACGGUCAUACCCCAUCCCGCGACCUCCCCGUCACCUCCACCCCGUCCCCUCUCCUCCCUGCUUCUUCCCCUCUCCUCCCUGCUUCUUCCCCUCUCCUCCCUGCUUCUUCCCCUCUCCUCCGCGAUCCAUCCCUCUCAAUAACCCAUCCGCUCCUCUUCCCAUCCAUCCUUUCCCCAUUGAUCCUCUCCUUAUCCCUCCUCCCCCCUUUUUCGUUUUCCGGAUCAAACUUCUUCCUCCCUGCAUCCCUUCUUCUGUUCCUCCAUUCAUUCGGCCUUCCCUUCUUCUGUUCCUCCAUUCAUCCGUCCUUCGUUUCCUCUGUUCGUAACUUCAUGGGUCCCUCUUCCUAUCCCCUUUCCCUCUCACAUCGUCCUGUCUCCCCCUUUCCCUUCUCCCCUGCUUCCCUCUUCCCCCUCUUUCCCUGCUUUCCCCCUUCCCAUCGCUCGUAUUCUCUCCCUCUCCCUGGCUAUUGCAGUGACUACACUGAUGAUUUUUCUGGUACUGCAACUCGCUCAGAGGCCCAUCAUCCCAUGCCAUUCUCGUAG